GUCUGCAAACCACACAGCAGAAAAGACCUCCUUAAAAAAUUAUAUCACACAGUAAAACACCUCUGACACCAAUCACACCACCUUAACAAUGACCCUCCGCCGCGCCUCCUGUCUUUGGCUCCUCUGUGCCUUCGUCAGCGUCGAGGGCCACGGCCGCCUGAUGCAACCGCCCAGCAGAUCAUCCGCCUGGAGAUACGGCUUCGACACGCCCGUUAAUUACAAUGAUAACGAGCUCUUCUGCGGAGGCUUCGGGAUCCAGUACGGUGAGAACGAAGGCAAGUGCGGCGUCUGCGGCGACAACUGGGCCGACCCUCAACCCCGAGACAACGAGGCCGGAGGAACGUACGGGACGGGGCUCAUCGUUGCCAACUACACCAAGGGACAGGAGCUGAGCAUCGAGGUGGAGCUCACGAAGAGCCACUUGGGGUACUUCGAGUUCCGCCUCUGCGUGAACAACGACCCCACCAAGAUCAUCACGGACGAAUGCCUGGACGAGAACCUGCUGGCGAUGGCCGACGGCUCCGGCACCAAGUUCCACAUCGAGUCGUAUGAAGCAACGUGGAAAUACCCGAAGGUGAAGCUUCCUGACGACGUCGUGUGCACUCAGUGCGUGCUGCAGUGGCACUACAGGGCUGGUAACUCCUGGGGAGACUGCGGAGACGGCACCUCCGCGCUGGGCUGUGGCGACCAGGAAAUCUUCAGAGGCUGCGCGGAUAUCGGCAUUUACUGAGGGAAUUUUGAUCUACCCCGCAACAAGGUUUAAAAAAAAUUGUUCCAAGAAGGUAUAUAUAUAUAUAUAUAU